AUGAAGCCCUUCAAACCUGAAGCCGAGCUCCAGCAGUUCUAUCACCGGCUGCUGCUGCCGCUGUCGCUCUUCCCCAGCAGCAGGACGGCGAGCCCGGAGCCGGCUCCCCCGAAGCGCCCCGCGCUGGAGCUCCCCGUGCUCCCGUUCCUGCCGGUGUCACGGCUGACCGUGGCGUCGCUGUGCCGCCGGGUGGCCAAGCGGCUGGCCCGGUGCGAGCUGGCGGAGCGGGUGCCCGCCGGGGGCCCACAGCGUUUCCUGGAGGUCAUCCUGAACGAGCUGAAGUGCAGCUGGCAGGAGCCUCCCGCCGAGCCCAGCCUGAGCCACAUCGACAACCAGAGGCUGCGGAAGCGGGUGCUGAUGUACGUGCUGCUCAGCUGCGAGCAGCUCUACCUGCGCUACCUGCGCCGGCUGAAGACCAUGCCGACCGCCACGCACGUCUUCACGGAAGCCGCCACGGUCACCCGGCUGGCCGCCCACCUCGCCAGGGACUGCACCACCUUCCUCACCAGCCCCGAGGUCUACCGCAGCCUGCUCGCCGACUUCCGCUCCCUGCUGAAGCUGGAGCAGGCCCGGGGCGGCCUCUGCAAGGUGCGCUCCUCCGGACGCAUGUCCACUUCCAGGGCUCACGGGCCCCGCAGCUCCAGCUUUGCCCAAAUACCUGACUGCAACCUCAGCCUCAACUACCUCAUCCAACUCAGCCGCUCGCGAGAGUGUCUCAGCGAGACCAGACCCGAUCCUGUGAAGGAACUGAAGUCCAUCCCUCUGCUGAAGAGGAGGAGGACUCUCCGCUGGCUGCCUGGCAUGCGAAAGAAGGUAGAAAGCUGCACUCCCUCACAGGUGGGGUCGCUGCCCAGGUACUCGGUGACUCUCACCAGCCUGUCUCCCGGUGUCUCCUAUCCGCCUCUCCACGCCCGGCUUCAGAAGGCCCAGUCCAUGCCCUCUCUGCGUGAGGGCUGGAAGCUGGCAGAUGAAUUGGGCCUCCCUCCACUCCUCCCUCGUCCCUUGACCCCACUGGUCCUGUUCGCAGAGAGCAAACCCGAGCUGGUAGAGGACAUGGUGGCCGAGGACCUGAAGCAGAUAAUGAAGAACAUGAAACUGGAGCGGGCUCCCUACUCACCGAUGGACUCAGAUGUGUCCCCGCUCCUGGGGGCCCUGACCCACGACCCAGCCACGGCACAGCGCAUAGCAGAGAUGCAGAGGAUGCUGAGUGAGGAAGAAGAAACCUCUGGGCAGGGGGGCCCCCAGCUCCCCACACCCCCUCCACUUCACCCACAGCCGGUGACAGUUACUUUGAAGCUAAGAAAUCAGAUGGUGGUCCUGGCAGCUGGCGUACAGGUCUCUGAGAGAAAGUUUUUGGACUCCUUCCACAUAGAAGGGGCUGGAGCCCUAUACAACCACCUAGCUGGUGAGCUGGACACCACAAUGAUCGAGGAAAUGGAUAUUGAUCGCUUCGUUGGGAACAGCAUCCGGGAGGUCUACAAAGAGCUGAUGAGCCGUGUCUCUAUCAACCACUUCUCAUUCGACCAGGGAUCCUUGGUUGAGCCUGCAACCAAUAAAGACUGGUCCAUGUUCCUGUUCUCAGCUCUUCUGCAUCUAGAGAAGCAGCAUCGUGCCAUCAACCCCAAGCUGGCCGGUCUUUCUCCCAAGAGAUUAUCAACUGUGCAUUCCUCUAUUUCAUCAUCCCAAGGAAACAAAGACCUGGAGGGACAGACAAACAAGGCCUUGGGGACGAACUGGUCGAGAAACGCCUUGUCGUUGAAUGACUAUUUCAAAUACCUCACCAACCAGGAGACAGAUUUCCUCCACGUCAUCUUCCAAAUGUACGAAGAGGAUGUUCCUAAAGAGAUGGAGGCCCAUGUCACAGAGUCGCUAAAGAUUCAGCCCCCACCUCCAUUGCUAGAGGACGAAGAGCCAGAUUUUGUGCCGGGAGAGUGGGAUUGGAACACGGUGCUGGGGCACAGUCUAGAAACCGGGAGGACCAGCCUCCUGGGAGAACCUCGCAAACUCCUGAAUCUGCAGAAGCGUCUGGAGCGGUUGUGGUCCACUCUUGAGGUUCCUGACAAGGACCGGCUGGACAUGGCUAUCAAGUACAGCUCCAACGCCCGUCUGAUGCAGCUGCCUUUAUUGGUGAGCGCCUGGGAGCAGACCCUGCAGCCCAUUCAGCUGCGGGAGAUAGUGAUGGGGAAACUGGAGUGGUUUGAGCGACUCGCUUCUGACCCCAACCGUUUCUUCCAAAAGACUGAGAUGGAUCUGACUCGCUUAUUGGAGGAGAAUCAAGUCCGAAACCGCCUACACAAGAAGCUCAAUCAAAUGGAGGCUCCAUUGGUUUCACUCCUAGAGGAGGUGGAGGUUGUCUUUGGUGAGCCGGUGACGUUCAGGGGGCAGCGCUACCUGGACAAGAUGAAGCUCGACAGAGUGGAGAUGCUCUAUUGGCUGCAGCAGCGGCGACGGAUGCACCAACUGGCCGGGACCCAGAAAGCCUCCCUCCGGUCAGCCAUAUUCUGCAGGCUCAGCAGGCAGCCUGUAA